AUGACUCUCAAUUUCGAAGCUAUUAACUUUGAAGAAGCUUCCAUUGAUAAAUGGAUUCAAUUUGCAAUGGAAAAGAGGGUUGAAAUACUUGAGUUGGAGUUUCUGGCAGAAACAAUUGCUUUCUUAGGAGAAGCUGUUGAGUUCUUACUGUCCAACUGUCCAGUUCUUGAACGAUUAUCGCUGAGUUUCGCCGGAGAUUUAGUUAGUCUAAGAGUUGUUGAUUUUCAUUUCAAGAAUGUGCCGAUGCUGGUUGAGGUAUCCAUUUCUAAGUUUGGCGUUCUUGCUGAAUUUUUAAGGGGUGUCUUCAGCCGACUCUCAUGCCAACUGUUUCAUAUAGAGAUUCCGAAGCUGGAUAUCAGAGGAGCAGUUUACCAUCAGAAUUAUAAAUUUCCAGUGCUAUCAAAUCUGAAGCAUUUGGAAUUAUUAGUUGAUGCCGACUACUGUUUGUCCCUUGUUCACUUAGCUUCUUUCAUGAACGCAGCUCCUAACUUGCAGAAACUUGUUUUUGGGUUGGGUUUCGGAUCCAAUGCGGAGAUGGCAAAAAUAGAGAAAGCUGCCCUGUGCCCCCAUCACAACCUCAAGAUAGUAGAAAUGACAGGGUAUCGUGGUCAUAAAUGUCGUGUUAAGCACGUCAAGUACUUGAUGAAGAACAAUGUUGCACUGGAGAAGAUCGUUAUUAAUCAUGUCCAGUUUUGGUGUUGGCCUACGGGAAUCGAGAGCAAUGCCCUACGGGAGAAUGAGGAAGAGAAUGCGAGAGAUAAUGCUAUUCAAUAUCUCAAGGAAAAAGUGCCUUCUACAGUAGAAUUGUAUGCCUGUAAUAGCAACUUGUCAUUGCAAUGCAGUGCUUGUCAAGAUGAUAUAUCUAGAGUUUGUACUAGCGUCAACUAG